UCUUCACAGGACCUGAGUGUGACGCGUCGAAGCGAGCUACUUCACCUCACUCCUGCUCGCUCAACCUCUUAAAUCGUCCAACGCUCCUCCACCUCCUACCCUUUACACCACCGUUCGAGCCCUACCUUCACGCACGAUCGAGUACAACACACCGCUUUCCACGCGCGAGAGCGCCCAUUGCUUGUCGAGCGUGCUGUCCCCUUCACUCUUGUGUGCGUCACAAGUCUCGAGCCGUCCAUUGUCGUCCUUCCGUCAGCGCGCUCACACGCUCAUCACAACGACCACCACGCUUCGACCGUCGCGCAUCGAUCUUCACGCCUCGCACGCACCUCUUAUCGCCACGUCAUAUAACACACACGCACACUGCUCCUCCUUGACCGCCGCAAUGUCCGAUGUGAAACACAGUCCUUCGCUAACCUGGCCCUUCCCGCGACCAUGGUGGCAGGACGACGGCCCUCGAUCGGAUACAUCAAGCUCUGGCUCUGACCUGUCAGGCCCGACUCUCAGCCAAUCGAUCGCGCCAGCUCUGCCGAUUCCGCAGAUGCGCUCGCUGGCACUGUGGGACUCGCACAAGACCAGGGAUCCGUUGAAGCCGGUGGCUCGUGGAGGGCUUCGCAGGCGCGGAGAUAUCAGCGAUUUGAAAGCUGCACAGGCUCUAUCUCGAGGUACGUAUACGGAGCGCGACACUACACGCACACAAGCACAAUCUGUUUCUGGCGCUGGCGGUUCUGCGGUUGGGUCUGGGUCUGAUACUGGGUCUGGUGGGCGGUUGGCUCGCGGUGCGAAGGAGGACUUGAAAGAGAAUAGAGCUGGGCAGAAGGACAAGGAUAAGGCUCCGAAUCUACCUACCUUGAAGAGGGUGAAGGCGAUGGAGAACCUUCGUGGCGAGGAACGGAGCGGCUCUGGCGAAGCUUCCCACUGCGUAAGUGUCCCUCAACGCAUUAUUGAGGCAGUACUGAACAAACAGGUUCUCAUCGGGCUUCUGAGGGCCGUCCGAGCCUCCAGAGUCCGCGGCACGCGAAUCAAGAUCCGACAGAGAAUGCGCGCUAUACUGCCCCCGAUCCGAGAGGAAGACGAGCCGGAUUCGGCUGAGUAUCGCGCCUCCCAGACUCCCCUCAAGAAGCCAGCUGACCCCGCAAUCAGCGAAUACGACACCGAUGUUCUGGAGUCCGGCAUCGGCGGCCAGCGAGCCGUGCUUUACACGAAACCCGCAACAAUGCCGCAAAUCGUGGACGUUCCGUCGCGACGAGUGGGCUACAACAUCGCGAACUUCCUCCAACGAAAGCCCAAAUCGGCCCCCCUCAGCGUCGCAAGCCCGCUGCAGAACCUCGAACGCGGCCUGCUGGAUGAUCUGACAAGGGCAGACCACGGGUACCGAAUCGAGGCGCAAGUGUCCGCAAUUGACCCUCAGCGUGGAGGCGGCCCGGCGUCCCCUCGGCGUCGACGCAACGUGAACAACGGCAAUGAGGCGACAAAGCGUCCAGCACCACUGCAUCGUCUCCGGGCACCUGUUCCGCGAAAUUAGGCUCGCGAGUCUGCCCCCUGGCAGCAGCAUUAACGACGUUCCUGUGAGCUUUUGGGACGCGAGAGGGGUACGCGUGGGGUGUGAGGUGCCGGUGGGGUGCGACGCUUGCGGGAGGAAUGUCGGGGGGAGGGUCUGGCAGUGUGAGCU